AUGGGCGCCUAUCUCUAUGGGCGCCUAUCUCUAUGGGCGCCUAUCUCUAUAGGCGCCUAUCUCUAUGGGCGCCUAUCUCUAUGGGCGCCUAUCUCUAUGGGCGCCUAUCUCUAUGGGCGCCUAUCUCUAUGGGCGCCUAUCUCUAUGGGCGCCUAUCUCUAUGUGCGCCUAUCUCUAUGGGCGCCUAUCUCUAUGGGCACCUAUCUCUAUGGGCGCCUAUCUCUAUGGGCGCCUAUCUCUAUGGGCGCCUAUCUCUAUGAGGGCCUAUCUCUAGGGGGGCGCCUAUCUCUAGGGGCGCCUAUCUCUAGGGGCGCAUAUCUCUAUGGGCGCCAAUCUCUAUGGGUACCUAUCUCUAUGGGCGCCUAUCUCUAUGGGCGCCUAUCUCUAGGGGCGGCUAUCUCUAUGGGCGUCUAUCUCAAGGGGCGCCUAUCUCUAGGGGUGCCUAUCUCUAUGGGCCCCUAUCUCUAUGGGCGCCUAUCUCUAUGGGCGCCUAUCUCUAGGGGUGCCUAUCUCUAUGGGCGCCUAUCUCUAGGGGCGCCUAUCUGGGCGCCUAUCUCUAUGGGCGCCUAUCUCUAUGGGCGCCUAUCUCUAGGGGCGCCUAUCUCUAGGGGCGCCUAUCUCUAUGGGCGCCUAUCUCUAUGGGCGCCUAACUCUAUGGGCGCCUAUCUCUAUGGGCGCCUAUCUCUAUGGGCGCCUAUCUCUAUGAGCGCCUAUCUCUUUGGGCGCCUAUCUCUAUGGGCGCCUAUCUCUAUGGGCGCCUAUCUCUAUGGGCGCCUAUCUCUAGGGGUGCCUAUCUCCGGCACCUAUCUCUAUGGGCGCCUAUCUCUAUGGGCGCCUAUCUCUAGGGGCGGCUAUCUCUAUGGGCGUCUAUCUCAAGGGGCGCCUAUCUCUAGGGGUGCCUAUCUCUAUGGGCGCCUAUCUCUAUGGGCGCCUAUCUCUAUGGGCGCCUAUCUCUAUGGGCGCCUAUCUCUAUGGGCGCCUAUCUCUAGGGGUGCCUAUCUCCGUGGGCGCCUAUCUCUAGGGGCGCCUAUCUCUAGUGGCGCCUAUCUCCAGGGGCGCCUAUCUCUAAGAGCGCCUAUCUCUAGGGGCGCAUAUCUCUAUGGGCGCCAAUCUCUAAGGGCACCUAUCUCUAUGGGCGCCUAUCUCUAUGGGCGCCUAUCUCUAGGGGCGGCUAUCUCUAUGGGCGUCUAUCUCAAGGGGCUCCUAUCUCUAGGGGUGCCUAUCUCUAUGGGCGCCUAUCUCUAUGGGCGCCUAUCUCUAUGGGCGCCUAUCUCUAGGGGUGCCUAUCUCUAUGGGCGCCUAUCUCUAGGGGCGCCUAUCUGGGCGCCUAUCUCUAUGGGCGCCUAUCUCUAUGGGCGCCUAUCUCUAGGGGCGCCUAUCUCUAGUGGCGCCUAUCUCUAUGGGCGCCUAUCUCUAUGGGCGCCUAUCUCUAUGGGCGCCUAUCUCUAUAGGCGCCUAUCUCUAUGGGCGCCUAUCUCUAUGAGCGCCUAUCUCUAUGGGCGCCUAUCUCCAUGGGCGCCUAUCUCUAUGGGCGCCUAUCUCUAUGGGCGCCUAUCUCUAGGGGUGCCUAUCUCCGUGGGCGCCUAUCUCUAG